AAAGCAGAAAGAGGAAUUAAAUUUUGAGCGCUAAACAAGUUUGUUGUGUUCGCUGAAAAUACCAACUGUUCAUCUGUUAAUUGAAACAGGAAAUAGUUUACAAGCAAAACUGUUGUUUACGGGAACCGAAAAGCGAUGCCUAGUGAAGUCAUAACCCUACAACUAGGGCAGUGUGGAAAUCAAAUUGGCUUUGAGUUUUGGAAGAAGUUGUGUGCAGAACAUGGAAUCAGCUCUGAAGGAGUACUGGAAGAUUUUGCAACAGAAGGAGUUGAUCGAAAAGAUGUUUUCUUUUACCAGGCUGAUGACGAGCACUACAUUCCCCGGGCUGUCCUACUCGAUUUAGAACCUCGAGUUAUAAACACAAUAAUGAAUUCUCCAUAUGCCAAAUUGUACAACCCAGAAAAUAUCUACCUAUCAAAGCAUGGUGGUGGUGCAGGAAACAAUUGGGGUUCAGGAUACAGUCACGGUGAACGACUCUUUGAUGAAAUAUUUGAUAUCAUUGACAGAGAAGCAGAGGGCAGUGAAAAUCUUGAAGCUUUCACCCUUUGCCAUUCAAUUGCUGGAGGAACUGGUUCUGGUCUGGGUUCUUAUAUGCUGGAAAGAAUAUCAGAGCGGUAUCCCAAGAAGUUGGUUCAAACUUACAGUGUGUUUCCUAACCUUGCAGAAUCAAGCGACGUUGUUGUUCAACCUUACAAUUCAUUGCUGACGUUGAAACGGCUGACGCUGAAUGCCGAUUGCGUCGUAGUCCUGGACAACACGGCCCUGAAUCGGAUUGCCACCGAUCGACUGCACAUUGAAACGCCAUCGUUCACGCAGAUCAAUUCUCUCGUUUCAACCAUAAUGUCCGCAUCAACCGCCACUUUAAGAUACCCAAGUUAUAUGAACAACGACCUCAUAGGGUUGGUCGCUCCGCUUAUUCCGACUCCUCGGCUGCAUUUCCUCAUGACAGGGUACACUCCACUUACGAACGACCACGAGGUAAAUAGGCUGUCGCCAUCUGGUUUAACUUUUUUUUUUUUUUUUUUUCAUUUUAUAAUCAUAAAUCUACAGGAAACAUCUGUAAGGAAAACAACAGUCUUGGAUGUAAUGAGGCGUUUGCUUCAACCCCAAAACAUGAUGGUCUCCACUACACCCGACCGUAAUGGCUCACAUUGUUACACUUCGAUACUAAACAUAAUUCAGGGAGAGGUAGACCCAACGCAGAUCCAUAAAUCGCUCCAGAGAAUUCGCGAAAGAAAACUGGCGCAGUUUAUCCCUUGGGGUCCGGCUUCUAUCCAAGUGGCUCUUUCACGCAAGUCGCCUUACGUCACAACAUCCCAUCGCGUAUCCGGGUUGAUGUUGGCUAACCAUACGAGUAUUUCUACCCUUUUUGCGCGGACGCUGCAGCAAUUCGAUAAACUAAGGAAACGAGAAGCUUUUCUUGAUCAGUUCCGUAAGGAAGCAAUGUUUCAAGAUAGCCUUGACGAAAUGGAUGAUUCGCGCGACGUCAUCCAAAACUUGGUGGACGAAUAUACGGCCGCAACAAAGUCUGACUACCUCUCCUGGGGUAUGAACCGUCCUGGAACGUCGGCUGCGGGCGCACAAACGUCGGCCUAAAUGUUCAAAACUUGUACACGGAAGAUUAUUAAAAUACAGACUGGCUUUCAUUUCACAGUAAA